AAUGGAAAUGAUCUCAUCGAAAUUGAAGCCAGAAAUUACAUGUCCAUUAUGUAAUCAAAUCUUUCAAACUCCUCUUUUACUUCCAUGUGGACAUUCUAUUUGUUCUGGAUGUAUAAGUAAACUUUGUAGAACUUUGACCAAAUCAUCAAUUGUCACUAAUAAUCAAACUCAUUAUCUAGCUACUCAAACAAUUUCAUCUAUUGGAAUUGAAGAUGCUAUUAGUGAAGCAGAUUCUGGUGUAGUUGUUUGUAGUUUGGAAUCUAAUAAUGAUUGUCAAUUAACAUCAUAUUCACCUCAAAAUGUUAAUCGUACUCAUUCUAUACAACAAUUAUGUCGUAUAUGCAGUACUAAUCGUAGUCAUAAUAAUUCAUUCAAAAAGACUAAUAAUUUUACAAGUUUAAAUUUAGAAAAUGGAAAUAAUGAAAUAUUAUCAAGUGAAAUAUUACCUCAUAAUAUAGCUUUGGAAAACCUAAUUACACGAAUAACUAAAGCUGAAGUGAAUCAUCGUGAUACAGAUACAACACUGAAUUCUGGAGUUAUUAAAAAAGAUAAUAACAGUCUAUCUACAAUAAGAUGUCAAUUAUGUGAAUCAUCAAAUGAGAUUUUAUCAUUAUCAUUUUGUGAACAAUGUAGUCUUUGGUAUUGUAAAACAUGCCUAAAAUUAUGGCAUCCACCUACUGAAAUGUUAAUUAAACAUCGUAUUACAUCGUUUAAUAAUCAUAAUUGUUUAUUGUAUUCAUCAAAACAGAUUAUUACAGAAGUAACUGGACCAACAUGUACACAUCACUCAGGAUAUGUUUGUAAUUUAUAUUGUAUAACAUGCUCAAUGUUUGUUUGCCUACGGUGCUUAAGUUCAAACGAAAGGAAUUAUAACAAUGAUCAUAACUAUUAUAACACAAAUAGUAAUCACAAUGAUGUAACUACGCCUAAUUUGUACACACCAAGCAGUACUUCUCCUCAUGAAUGCUUAUCCCAUAUUGGUCAUACAGUAUGCUCAACUAAUAUUUAUGCCAAAAAGAUGAAGGCUGAAGUAUCAAAACUUCUACAUCGACUUUCUGAAGAAGCUAAACGUGGUGCCGAACUUGUCCAAUCACUAAAACACACAGAAGAUCAACUAAGAAGAAAUAUUUCGAAUAUGGAAACACUUAUCAACAAAGAAAUCGAUAUGCUUGUUGAAGCUCUACAGGAAAAGCGUACACAGCUUAUUGAAAAUUUACACUCAGAAGUACAACAAAGACGGCAGUAUAUUCGUGAACAAACCAAUCAGGCUGGAAGCAGACUUUCUUCAACAACUAGUUUAAUUUACUUUGGUGUAGAAUUAAUAAAAGAGCGUGAAUCAUCCGCUUUUAUCCAAGUGGCUCCCUCAAUUAAACAACGCCUAAUUAGUACCGAAAAUGAAUUAAUCCAUGAAACUCAAUUUUGUCGCGAAAAUUGUCUAGGAGAUUUUCAAUUACGUGUAAGCAAUACCAAUGAUCUACUUAGAAGAAUUGAAGGCAUCACUUUAAAUGAAAUCUAUCCUCCUCCUGUUCCAAAAAUUAUUCUAUCUCAAUGUUUAGUUGAAAGUAAUAGUAUCCAACUAUUAUGGGAUACAAUCAAUACAUCGACUCCAUUAAAAAAUGAUGAAAAAGAACAUUACCAUAUGCAACAGUCAUUUUCACUUUUAAACAAUGCAUCUAAUUCAAAUGAAGUUAAACGUGCUUUAGAUCAAAUUGAUAAUUCAAAUAUCCAGUUGAGUUCCAGUCAUUCUCUAUGCUGUAAAGACUUAUACCAUUCAUUAUCUAAUAGUGGAUUGACAACACCUGCAACUGUUCGUUUACAAUCAAACUAUCAUAUACCUGGAUCUGUAUCAGCAUAUGCUUUAAUGACAAAUUCAAAAGAAACAGAAGUCAGCAAAGAACAAUACUUUCAUCAGUCUAUGGAGCAUCGUGAUCAUCAUCAACAUAAUCCCUUAUCACUUUCAUCGAAUCAGUGUUCACUAACUGUUCCAUCUACCCCAGAAUUAAAUGGAUCGUAUUCAGUAAAUACCUUACAUAAAAGUAUAACAGUAAAUAGUGAUAUUCGAUUUCUAUCAACUAUGAAUAAUGGGGAAUUAAUUCAGUUUCAGUUAGAAGUAGACAAUGGACGUGGUGGUCCAUUCAAAGUUGUCUACACAGGACCUGAAUGCGUUUGUCGAGUGGAAGGUUUACAUUUAAAUACAACUUAUCGCUUUCGUAUUCGAUCUACAAAUGGAAUUGCUCAAAGUGCUUAUAGUGAUAUUGUUGCAAUAAAAACAGCUCGUCUUGCAUCAUUUGUUAUGAAUCCUUUAUCUGGACCUGCUCCACCUAUUAGUGGUUUAAAACUAUCAUCUGAUGGAUGUACAAUCAGUGCUCAAGGAGAUUUGGAAGAUCGUGUUCUCUUGGGUGAUGUUUGCUUCUCAGAAGGUAUUCAUUAUUGGGAAUGGAAUGUUGAACAGUAUGAUGGUAAAGGACAGCCUUCAUUCGGAAUAGCACUGGCUCAAGUGAGCAAAGAUAAAAUGCUUGGUCAAGAUGAAUUUGGUUGGGCAAUGUAUUUGAAUUCUAAACGUUCAUGGUUUCUUCAUCGAGGUGAGCAUAGAGAUCGUACAGAUGGUGGUAUUAAAAUAACACAACAAGAAAUAAAUGAUAAAAGUAUUACACAGAAUACAUCUUCAAUUACAACUACAAUUGGUGUACGAUUUGAUUGUGAACGAGGUCAUCUAGCUUUUUAUUUAAAUGGUGAACCUCAUGGUCCUAUAGCUUUUACAAAUUUAAAUAUAAAACAAGGUGAUAAAUCAAAUCAAGGUGGAGAUAAUACAAAAAAAUCAAAUUUAUUCUAUCCUGCAAUUAGUUUAAGUUAUUAUACACGUGUUCGAUUAGUAUCCGGUUUAGAAGUACCAAGUGAAAGUGAAGAUUCAAGUGAUUCUUCGGAAGCAGAAUAUGAUUUAUCCUUAUCAACUCCUCAAUUCCAUUUUAACUCUACAGAUCCAAAACAUUAUCCUAUUGAUCAUAAUGAUAGUAAUAAUAAUAGUAAUAAUAAUGAGUCUGAAAACAAGAACAUUGUGACUUAUCCAUUCCCUACUUAUUUAGUUCGUUCAACAACUGCACCGUGUAUUCGAAAACCUUCAAGUCCCGAUACAUUACUGAGACAACCCAAGAAAUCAAUUGUAUUACCUAAACUCAUAACAUUCAGUCGAAGUUAGCAUGAAUAGAAAAUCGAUUUCAAACAAGUUGGGUUUUUUUUCGUGAAGAUAUCCGAGAUCAAUUCUUUGUAUUUCAAAAUCAAGGAUUAUUAUCAUAUUUAGCCAUACAUUUAUUUGUUCAUAAUAAAUGAACAAUUACAAGUCUUUUUAGUUUCUAUUGCAUUUUACCUAUUAGUUCUUUAUAUUCAUUAAUAAAACUCUUGGUUAAUUUUGUACAUAAUCUUAAAUACAUACCUACUCAGGUAAGUUUCUUUCUAGAACAGAACAGUUGUGAAUUAUUUUGUAUCCUAAUCAUCAUCUGGUAAUUGACCUUUUAAUAAAAUAUCGUGAAUGUUAAUUAACAACCUGUAGACAAUUUUAUCCAGUUGUUGAAGUAAAGACCCUUCACAUUUUCUAAAGUUUUUUUUCUUUUUUUUUGAGAAUUGAAACUAUCCAAAUUGAUAUUGUCUUGAAAGUGUAAAUCCUUUAAAUUCACUCAUGUUGGAGUGAGUUUCCUUUCUCUCUGUAUUCCAUUAUGUAUUGUACGUUUGCCUGUUUUGAAUUCUUAGUAAUCAGAUUGAAUUGAAGUCAUUAUGUACAGAAAUUGUUUCAUGUCAUUAUUCAACUAUUUG